GCAUUGUGGUACGGUAACAGGCUGUUCUUUUUGCACUCCUCCCCGUACAAUCUCCAUAGCGCACAUCUUCGCUCACACCUCAUCCUGUUCUCGUUUCGUAUCCUUCCACUCUCCUAGCAAAAGCCUCAUCCUGGAUCUAGGACAAAGCAUCAGCAAACUCCAGGUCGGAGUCUAUCUACCAUCGUCCCCAAGCCUCAUAUCUCGACGCUGUGCUACGCAAAGAUGGUCAUCAAGCACGAUUCGCCGCAGUCGAACAAUAUCUACGUCAAUCCUGAUGUUGAUGAUAUAGAAUUAAACCGUGAGACUGCGGAGCGCGAUGGCGCGUUCAUUCCUGAGACGGAUUCGACGGGCUACCGCAUACGAGAAGAACCGUAUGGCACCAAGCGACCCAUUCGCGUCGUUUUGAUGGGUGCAGGCGCAUCGACGCUGAACUUCUUAAAGAAAGCAGAAGAGCAGAUGCAGAAUCUGAAAAUCACCGUCUAUGAGAAGAACCAUGAUGUUGGCGGCACGUGGCUGGAGAAUCGCUAUCCGGGCUGCGCUUGUGACAUCCCUUCUGUCAAUUACCAAUUCUCCUGGAAGAUCAAGCUCUGGACGCACUUCUACUCCUACAGCCCAGAGAUCUGGCAGUACCUGAAAGCUAUUUCCGACGAGAAUGACUUCAUCAAUAAAUACAUCAAACUCCGGCACCAGCUCGAACAAGCUGCGUGGGACUCGGAAGCCGGCGUCUGGAAGUUUAAAGUGAAGAGUCUCCAGACUGGCGAAGUGUUUGACGACGAAGCGGAGUUCUUCAUCAACGCAGGCGGCGUGCUUAAUAAUUUCAAGUGGCCUGACAUACCCGGUCUGCGCUCUUUCAGAGGGAAGCUGAUGCACUCAGCUGCAUAUGAAGAAGGCUACCCAUUGGAAGGAAAGAAGGUUGCCGUGAUCGGUGCUGGAAGCUCUGGAGUGCAAAUCGUCGCUAAGGUCUCUAAGAUCGCUUCGCACAUCUACCACUGGAUUCGUUCGCCGAUCUGGAUUACGGCAGGCUUCGCACAGACAUGGGCAGGGAAAGACGGAGCGAACUUCAAGUACACCGAGGAGCAGCUCAAAUAUCUCGAAGAUCAUCCGGAGAAGUACCUCGAAUACCGCAAGCAGAUUGAGAACGAGUUGAACCAGCGCUUCAAGUUCAUCAUCAAGGGAAGUCAGGAGGCGAAGGAUGCUCGUGAGUUCAGCUACAAGCAAAUGGCAAGGCAUCUCAAGGACGAUCCAAGGCUCGUCGAAAAGAUCAUCCCGAAGAAUUUCAACCCCGGCUGCCGUCGGCCUACACCAGCUCCUGGCUACCUCGAAGCACUUGUUGCGCCAAAUGCCACCAUCUUCACCGAUGCGAUCGGUCACAUCACUGAGAAGGGUUUCGUUGACCAUGAGGGCAAAGAGCAUGAAUGCGAUGUCAUCAUCUGCGCUACCGGAUUCGACACCACCUGGCGGCCACGGUUCCCUCUGCUCAACGGCGCAGGAGUGGACCUGCGCGACUUCUGGGCCAAGGAAGUGGUAUCUUACCUCAGCAUCGGCAUUCCUACCUACCCAAACCACUUCACCUUCUGUGGGCCAUACGGGCCGCUCGGCCACGGUUCCUUCAUGCCGCUCAUCGAGCGCUGGACGCAAUACAUGUUCGACGUUAUUGUAAAAGCCCAAGUCGAGAACGUCAAAUCCUUCACACCCAGGCUAGACCUUUCGAAGCAGUUCCUGCAGCACGCGGAUCUGUUCUUGCAACGCACGGCGUGGACGAGCGCUUGUCGAAGUUGGUUUAAGCAAGGUAAAAUUGACGGGCAAGCGGCUAUCUACCCUGGCAGUAGGCUACACUUCCUACAUUUGCUGGAGAGGCCAAGGUAUGAGGACUUCGAGAUGGAGUAUUGGGACGCGAACAGGUACGCUUUCUUAGGCAACGGCUUUGACACGAGGGAGUUUGACGGUCGAGACAUCACAAUGUACCUCGGGUUGAUGGACGGUGAAGACCGGCAGCCAGAUUACGAUGAGGACUUGAUCAAUAAGCUUGCUGGUUGGUCUGUUGGUAUGUAAGUGAUAUCCUCCAGGUAGUUGCGGACGUAUGCAAGAUCUCUAGCGCUCGGA